GGCUCCGGGGGAAGGCUCCGGGAACCCGGGAACGGCACCGGGAGCGGCUCCGAGCGCGGCCAACCCCGCACCGGCAACAUCCCCGCCCGCCCCCCCCGCCUGCCCCGCAACCCGCCCCCCCCCCCGUGAUCCGCCCGCGCCGCCCCCGCAGUUGGCAGGAGGGAGAAAAUGAAAGCAGGCUGCAGCAUUGUGGAUAAACCUGAAGGAGGAGGAGGGUAUCAUUUCCCGGAGUGGGCUUACAAAACCGAGUCCAGCCCGGGCUCCAGGCAGAUCCAGCUGUGGCACUUCAUCCUGGAGCUGCUGCGGCAGGAGGAAUUCCGCCACGUCAUCGCCUGGCAGCGGGGAGGGGACGGCGAGUUCGUCAUCAAGGACCCCGACGAGGUGGCCCGGCUGUGGGGGAGGAGGAAAUGCAAACCCCAGAUGAACUAUGACAAGCUCAGCAGGGCCCUCAGAUAUUACUACAACAAGAGGAUCCUCCACAAGACCAAGGGCAAGAGGUUCACCUACAAGUUCAACUUCAACAAGCUGGUGAUGCCCAACUACCCUUUCAUCAACAUCCGGCCCAACGGUGUGGUCCCCCAGAGCGCUCCCCCCGUCCCCACGGCCUCGUCCCGCUUCCACUUCCCUCCGCUGGACGCCCACUCCCCCACCGAGGAUUCCCAGCCCGGGGGCCGCUUCCCCGGCGGUUCCCUCGGUCCGGGAUCCACCCCGGAGGCUCUGGCUGACGGCGGCGGCGGCGGCGGCGACAGGAAGCCGGAGCUGCCGGAGCUGCUGGAAGAUUCCUCCUCGGAUUGGCGCCGGGGGGGCGUGGAUCUGCUGGCCCCCCACGGCGGCCCCGGCGGCGGGAGCGUCGCCCACCCCAAGCGCAAGCCCGACAUCGUCCUGCCGCUGUUCCCCCGGCCCGGGAUGUUCCCGGACCCUCACAGCCCCUUCGCCGUGUCGCCGCUGCCGGGCCGCGGGGGGGUCCUCAACGUGCCCAUCUCGCCGGCGCUGUCGCUGACGCCCACCCUGUUCUCCUACAGCCCCUCGCCGGGGCUCAGCCCCUUCACCGGCAGCAGCUGCUUCUCCUUCAACCCCGAGGAGAUGAAACACUACCUGCAUUCCCAGGCCUGCUCCGUGUUCAACUACCACCUGAGCCCGCGGACUUUCCCCCGCUACCCGCUGGUGGUGCCGCCGCUGCAGUGCCAGGUGCCCCUGGAGGAGCAGCCCCAGUUCCCCAUCAAGCUCCAGCCGCCUCCCGCCGGCCGGAAAAACCGGGAGAGGCUGGAAAGCGCCGAGGAAGCGGCUCAGCUCAGGGUGAAGGUGGAGCCCGCCGUGGACAAGGAGCCCGAGGAGGCCAAGGGCAAGGACGGAGGAGAGAGGAGGGAAGAAGGUUCCGGAGCGGAGGAAGGCAAGGGGGGCCCGGUGUUCGCCCGCCCGGCCGCCCCGUCCUGGCUCCCGGCGCCCGCCCAGCCCGGCUCGUCCUCCUCGGAAGAGCCCCCGCCGGAGCAGCAGCAAGGGGAGAGCGGCGUGGAGAAACCCCCCCGGGAUCCCUGCGGAGAGGCGGGAGCUCAGGAGAAGAGGGAGGACGCCCUGAUGCCCCCCAAGCUGCGCCUGAAGCGCCGCUGGAACGGGGACAGGCAGGCGGAGCCGCCCGAGGAGAACGGCGGCCUCUGGAACGUCCCCAACGUCGUCGUCCCCAAGGCCGUGGCGGCCGCCGCCGCCUCCGACACCUAAUCCCGGGGGCUGGGAGAGCAUCCAGGGAUUUAUGUAGCAAAGGUUGCAGAGCGCGGGGAGGGGAGCGGGGAGGUGGCGGGAGGGGGUGGGACCUCGGGGGGGGGGGUUUAGAGCCUGGUUUUGGGAAUUCUAGGAAUUCUUGGGGCGGGUGGGAGGAGGGAGGGGGGGGGUUGUGUUCUCUUUGUUUUCGUUGUUGACUUGCAGGUGAGAUGCCGGGUUGUUCCCGCUCCGGGUUGUUCCCGCUCCGGGUUGUUCCCGCUGCUCCGGGGUCAUUCCCGCUGCUCCGGGGUCGUUCCCGCUGCUCCAGGGUCGUUCCCACUACUCCGGGUUGUUCCCGCUGCUCCUCCGUCGUUCCCGGGCUUUCCCGGCUGAGCUUCGGGCCUGGCACGGACUCCCAAGGGGGUUGAGGCCUUUUUUUCCCCCGGGGAUGGAGGAAUUCCAGGCGUGGUCCAUUUUGGUGUUUAUAGCAGCAGGAAUCUCCAAAUCCAUGUAUUUCCCUGGGGUUUUUUUUUUAUAUAUAUAUAUAUAUAUAUAUUUCCACGGAGCGUGCGAUGGCGGGAGAGGAGAAUUCCCAGCUUUGCAUCCGCCUCAGGAGUUGGGGGGGGGACUGGGAUGAGGGAAUAUUGCACUGUCCUUGGAGCAGGGGAAGGAUUCAGGAAGACACGACUGAGAAAAUCAGGAUGCUGCCGGAGCGGGAGAGCCGCUCUCUCUCUCUCUCCCUCUCUCUCUCUCCCCCGGAGAGGGAUCCGCAUUCCCGGCUCUCCGGGAUCCGCAUUCCCGGCUCUCCGGGAUCCGCAUUCCCAGCUCUCCCGGGAGAUCCUUCUUUUUUUUUUUUUUUGUUUGUUUUCGUUUUUCUCCUGCAGAAGCCAUGAG